CCCUGCAACGCCGCACAUCGUUGACGUUUACCGUUUGUCGUAUUGACGUGCGGCAAAAUCAGAGAGAAAAGGGAAUGUCAAAUAAAUAAGUUGAAUUAUGGAAUAUUAAAACUUAAAAUCCAAUAAUUAAGCGAAAAACUUGGUUUUAGAUACACUUAGGCAACGGGUCAUGAUAUCAUAAGCAUACCAAAAUGAUUGGAGGACUGUUUGUGUAUAACCACAAGGGUGAAGUGCUCAUCUCUAGAGUUUAUCGAGAUGACAUCGGAAGAAACGCCGUAGAUGCUUUUCGUGUAAACGUUAUACAUGCUAGGCAACAGGUCAGAUCUCCUGUUACUAAUAUAGCUAGAACGUCAUUCUUUCACAUUAAGAGAGCCAAUAUAUGGAUUGCAGCAGUCACCAAACAAAAUGUCAACGCUGCCAUGGUCUUUGAAUUCCUAUUGAAAAUUAUCGAAGUAAUGCAAUCUUACUUUGGAAAAAUUUCUGAAGAAAACAUCAAGAACAACUUUGUUUUAAUCUACGAAUUACUCGAUGAAAUCUUAGACUUUGGGUAUCCUCAGAACACUGACACAGGUGUUUUGAAGACGUUCAUUACGCAACAAGGUAUUAAAUCAGCUACUAAAGAAGAACAAGCUCAGAUUACAUCCCAAGUGACAGGGCAAAUCGGAUGGCGAAGAGAAGGGAUCAAGUAUCGUCGUAACGAAUUGUUUUUGGAUGUUUUGGAAUAUGUUAAUUUGUUGAUGUCACCUCAAGGUCAAGUGUUAUCCGCCCACGUGGCUGGAAAAGUAGUGAUGAAAUCGUACCUAUCUGGCAUGCCAGAAUGUAAAUUUGGCAUCAAUGACAAAAUUGUUAUGGAAGCUAAAGGAAAGGGUACUUUGGGUACAACAAGUGAUCCGGACCCAGCCAGAUCUGGUAAACCAGUAGUGGUUAUUGAUGAUUGUCAAUUCCAUCAAUGUGUUAAAUUGAGCAAAUUUGAGACAGAACAUUCCAUUAGCUUUAUACCCCCGGAUGGAGAAUUCGAACUUAUGAGAUAUCGAACGACCAAAGACAUAUCUCUGCCAUUCCGAGUCAUUCCUCUAGUGCGCGAAGUCGGACGCACCAAAAUGGAGGUAAAGGUGGUCCUGAAAAGUAACUUCAAACCAUCUCUACUGGGCCAAAAGAUCGAAGUAAAAAUUCCGACCCCUUUGAAUACUUCCGGUGUUCAAUUGAUUUGCUUAAAAGGGAAAGCCAAAUACAAGGCGUCCGAAAAUGCUAUAGUGUGGAAAAUAAAACGGAUGGCCGGCAUGAAGGAAACGCAAUUAUCGGCUGAGAUCGAACUGCUGGAAACCGAUACCAAAAAGAAAUGGACGCGCCCGCCCAUCUCCAUGAACUUUGAAGUACCGUUUGCACCGUCUGGCUUCAAAGUUAGAUAUUUGAAAGUGUUCGAACCUAAGCUCAACUAUUCAGACCAUGAUGUUAUUAAAUGGGUGAGGUACAUCGGCAGGAGUGGUUUGUACGAGACCAGAUGUUGAAUCUCUUGUUUCUUUUUUGGUAUAUAUUUGUGGUUAUUUUUGUUCCUAUUUAUUAACGUUAGAGUUAAAUGUAGUAUGGGAUAGUAGAUGUAAAUUUGUGUCGGAACUGUUUUCUUCUAUCUUCUUUUUGGGUUUAACUUUCGCUGUCUGUCCAAUUGUUAGCCUUUUACAUCUUUGUUUUAUAUAAAAUAGAAAAUCGCACUAUGUGCGUCUGGAGUUCACCAUACUUUUUUUCUUGAUUAGGAUGUGAAAAGUCAAAAUUGUUUUAAUGCUUUUAAAUUUGGAAAUUAUUUCGCUUAGCUUUUUUUUCUUUGUAAAUCUAUUUCCUCUAUAUGGGUAACCUAAAUAGUUCAACUUGUACUUUUUUUGAUUGAAUCUUUGGCCUGAGCUAACCAGGUCAACAUAUAUUUCGACACAUGUUCUAUUGCAUUACAUUCUUUACAAAAAUACUUUUUUAGUGGUAAUCAAAAACAAAAAAUGUUGAAUAAAAAUGUGUAAAUAUAAACAGAAAAUAUCCACAAAUAUUACGGGCUUUGUCUAAGAGCGUAAAAGUAAUAUAUAAAAACUACCUAAGGUUCGAAUUAUGAGCGUACUAUAGAGAACAAAAAUUUUAAACCAAUACAAAAAAG